AUGGAGAACAGUUUCUUGAACAAAACCUUUUCAUUUGACCUUCAAAUGGCCAGCUUUGACAUUCCCCCCUCAGCUGUGUACCCUAUUUUCAUUACAGGCAUUUUGGUUUACUUCUUCUCUGUUCUUUCAAAUGUGACAAUCCUGCUGCUGAUUGCUACUCAGAGGAGUCUCCACAAACCCAUGUUUUACAUCCUUUUCAGCCUGCCUCUGAAUGAUCUUAUUGGAAUUACUGCAAUGUUUCCUCGUGUGCUAGUGGACAUAGUAACCAGGAAACACACUGUAUACUACCCACUCUGUGUCCUACAGGCAUUUUUGAUCCAUAUGUCUGGUGGUGGCACCCUCUUCAUACUGGCAGCAAUGGCAUUUGACCGAUAUAUUGCUAUAUGCAAGCCACUGAGAUACCAUUCAAUCAUGACGCCUCUAACUGUAGCAGGGAUAUUAUUAUUGGCAUGGGGUCUGGACUUCGCCAUCAUUUUGGUUCUUUUUCUCCUUCAGGCCAGAGUGCGGAGAUGCAGAAAUGUUAUAAUGACUGUAUAUUGUAGCAAUGUCUCAUUACUUAACCUGUCCUGUGGAGAAGAUGUCACAAUCAAUAACAUCUAUGGAUUAUCUAUAAGUGUAUUCGUGCAUAUCGUCACUAUGACAAUACAGCUGUUCUCAUAUAUCCAAAUACUGUUAACUUGUGUCUUGAACAAACAAUCAAAUGUGAAAACAAAAGCUUUAAAUACCUGCUUAGCCCAGAUAAUUGUGUUUCUAAUUUUUGAAAUUACAUGUUUGUUCACAUUAAUCGCGUAUCGGCUUCCAAAUAUAUCUACCAGUGCAAGAAAUGCCUGUGGAAUGAUGAUUUUACUGAUUCUGCCUGUUGUCAACCCUGUUAUCUAUGGAAUGAAAACUAAGGAUAUUAGAAUAACAUUUCUCCAAGUAAUUAAAAAAAGCUUCUAUCAACAUAAUCAUGUCAGUUGUUUAAACUAUAAACACAUGGGAUUAGUAAAGUGA